GUGACCCGGAAGUGUUUGUUCUCCGCUGUGGGAACUAGCGCUAACACGUGUGUAGUUGUCAACAACGGUGUUUAGCGGCCGACAAAUACCUACACACAGUAAACUGUGAUAACAUAUGUGUGUGUGUGCUGACGCAGGUACAAAACAUCAUGAGUUUGGAUACUAGUUUGUGUUGACACGUAUGUUGUACGGAGAGUCGUGGAGUCAAGGCGACUAGCAGCUAAGCUAGCAGACCGAGCCGAGGAGACUCAGUUAAGUGUAUCCCGAUGCAAUAAUGGCUGAUGCGUUCAGCAGCAGCUCGGAAACGGUGAUUCAGCGGGCGGUAGACGUCACAGUGACAAAGACGAAUGCUCCUCCAGAGAAACUGGAAGAGUUGUAUCAGAUUGAGAAGACCUGCGACUUUAUCAACGAGCACCAGUGUCAAAAGGUUGCUCUGCAGUUUCCUGAUGAGCUGCUGGUGGAUUCAGUCGCAGUGGCGGCGGAGAUCGAGAGACGCUGCAAUGCCAAGCCGUUCAUUUUAGGAGAUACAUCCUAUGGCAGCUGCUGUGUGGAUGAGGUGGCUGCAGAGCACGUGGGAGCUGACUGCAUCGUGCACUACGGCAGAGCCUGCCUCAGCCCCUCCAAACGGCUGCCUCUCAUGUACGUGUUUGAGAGAAGACCGGUGGAUGUGGAGCAGUGCGCCUCCGCUUUCAGGGAACUCUAUCCCAACACACAGAGUCAAAUCAUAAUCCUCUAUGAUGUGAACUAUGUUCAUGCAAUCAGCGAUCUCCUCACACUUCUGUCUCCAGAGUAUCCAAACCUUCUCGCCUCAGACCUUGUUGUCGAAGGGGAGCAGUGUUACUGUCACGGCCAGAUUAAAAGAAGACCAAAUGACACUUGUCUGUCGGAACAAGACAGCAGCCAGGUCAUUUGUCAGUUUGGGAGGCAGUUCUCCUUGAAGAGAGGUUCGAGCAUAACGGAUUACAGUAUGUUCUACAUUGGCCAGGAAGGCGCAACCCUGCGAAACUUCAUGAUGACAUGGAAUCGUUGCUCGUUUUGUUCUUUUGACCCCGUGACGAUGACGGGGAGGACUGAGUCGGUCAGCAUCAACCGCGCACUGAUGAAGCGGUAUUACGCCAUAGAAAGGGCCAAGGAUGCCAGUGUGGUUGGCAUCCUGGUUGGCACACUGGGGGUGGCCGACUACCUCGCCAUCAUCCAGCAGCUGAAGGAGACCGUCCGCACGGCUGGCAAGAAGAGCUACAUGUUCGCCAUGGGGAAACUGAACGUGCCCAAACUUGCAAACUUUCUGGAAAUUGACAUUUUUGUGUUGAUCUCAUGCCCCGAGAACUCGCUGUUGGAUUCAAGUGAGUUCUAUAAACCUGUAGUGACGCCGUUUGAGAUGGAGGUGGCCUGUAACAAGAACAGGGAGUGGUCCGAGGAAUAUGUCACAGACUUUCGACAUCUCCUACCAGGUGGACGGAGUCAUGUGCCUUUGACCGAUCAGCAGGAGGAGGGUGAUGCAACUGACAUGUCUCUGAUCACCGGAGCUCUGCGAAGCCGCUGCGUGUUGAGCAGUGAGCCUGCGGAGUCCUCACACGGUUCCUCUGUAGUCCUCAGGAACCAGAGCAUGACUGUGGCCAACACAGUCUCAGCUGCGUCCUUACUGGCAGAACGAAGCUGGCGUGGCUUAGAGCAGAAGUUGGGAGAGACCUCUGUGAUGAAGGCAGUAGAGGGAAGGAGAGGCAUAGCUAUUGCCUAUGAAGAGGAGGGAACGUAUUCAUGAUAAUUGACCACUAAUCCCCAAUGUCUUCAACAGAUAAUUGAAUCAUCACUCCCUACAGCUGCACGUGUGCAGUUUAUCACUUGUAAUUACGAGAAGCUGUAAGUAAUUAAUAAAACAAUACUAGAGAUC